GGGAGAGACAAGCCAGACCUAUUAGCCUGGAGCCUGAAACACAGAUACCAACUCUCUCUCUCUCUCUCUCUCUCUCGCUCUCGCUCUCUCUCUCUCUCGCUCUGACACACUCACACACAGUUGUACACUCCUCCAGAUCUGCGCUGCACCAAGGUAACAGUGAGUGGAUUUAGCUUUAGCCAUCUGGACGGAGCGCAGGGAAAACCUCUGCAACAGGGGGGGGGGGAGUAAAAGGACAAUGCAGCACUAAAACACAGCCGCACUAAAAAAGGAAACCAAAAAAAGUGAAAGAGAGGCACACAGACAGGAUGGCCACCGCAGUGUUUCAGGUGUCUUCAUCUUGUGUUCCUGCCACAAACUAUGAGCUGGCGCCGGGCAGUGACCUCCCUCUCAAACAUGUAGACACCAUGGGCUCAACAAAAUCCUCAAAGAGCAUGGAGUCAAGACGCAGACCAUCGAGGAGCGUAAGUCUGCUGCAGGCCCUGGACGAGAGCUACGAGCUGGACCUGAUCUACAUCACAGAGAGGAUCAUCUCCGUCUCCUUCCCCAGCAGCGUGGAGGAGCAGAGCUACGCCGCCAACCUGCGUGAGGUCGCCUCCAUGCUGCGCUCCAAACAUGGACACAACUACCUGCUCUUCAAUCUCAGUGAGAAGCGUUAUGACAUCAGCCAACUUAAUCCAAAGGUGUUGGACUUUGGCUGGCCUGACCACCAUGCCCCUGCCCUGGACAAAAUCUGCAGCAUCUGCAAAGCUAUGGACACUUGGCUGAGUGCCGACAGCCACAACGUGGUGGUUAUACACAACAAGGGCAAUCGAGGCAGAACUGGAGUGGUGGUGGCGGCCUACAUGCAUUACAGCAACAUAUCUGCCAGUGCUGACCAGGCCCUGGACAGGUUUGCCAUGAAGCGCUUCUAUGAAGACAAAGUGCUUCCUGUUGGUCAGCCUUCUCAGAAAAGGUAUGUGGAGUAUUUCAGCGGCUUGCUCUCCGGACACAUCAAGAUCAACAACAAACCCCUGUUCCUUCACCAUGUCAUCAUGCACGGCAUUCCCAACUUUGAGUCUAAAGGGGGUUGUCGUCCUUUUCUAAAAAUCUACCAGGCCAUGCAGCCCGUCUACACAUCUGGGAUCUAUAAUGUUCAGGGGGACAGCCAGACGAGCAUCUGUAUCACCAUCGAACCUGGUCUUCUUCUGAAAGGGGACAUCCUGCUCAAGUGCUAUCACAAGCGCUACCGAGGCCCGUGCCGAGACGUGAUUUUCCGGGUGCAGUUUCACACAUGUGCGGUUCAUGACCUGGGGAUCGUCUUCGGAAAAGAUGAGCUUGAUGAGACAUUCAAAGAUGACAGGUUCCCAGAAUACGGAAAAGUGGAGUUUAUUUUCUCCUUCGGGCCAGAAAAAAUUCAUGGUCAAGGUAUGGAUAACCUAGAGAACGGGCCGAGCGUGUCGGUGGACUACAACACACAGGAUCCUCUGAUCCGCUGGGACUCCUACGAAAACUUCAAUCAAAACUGUGAGGACACCACAGACGAAGUCAUCCAUACCGAAGGACCCCUGGACGGCAGCCUCUACGCCAAAGUGCGCAAAAAGGAGUCAGUUGAAGGAACAAUCACAGCGAAUGGCCUUCCACCCACUGCUGUUGAACACGCACUGCCUGCAGUUGACCAUGCCUUGUCAGUGAGCAGUGACUCAGGAAACUCUACUGCCUCCAUCAAAACUGACCGAACUGAUGAACCGGCAGCAGCCCCUCAUGCUUCCACAGUGAGCCAGCCACAUGUUCCUGUAGGUGAGGAGUUACCCUCAGUCCAUCACCAGGUCCCAGCUGCCCAGCAACACAUAAGUCCCCAAGAGAAACAGGAGCUGGAGCAGCUCCUGAGUGGCUUGGAGGGGCCCAUGCACCGACAGGGCUACCUGUCCUCCCCGGCUUCUGCUGUUGGAGGGAUGCUUCACCUGGUGCCUGCUCAGGUCCACGUCAAUGGCCACGGUAGCAUGGACCGUGAAACAGACAUUUUAGAUGACGAGCUGCCUAUCAGUCAAGAGGGCAACAGUGUGGACAGUCUAGGGACGUUCUCCUCCACGGAUGGUCGGGCCACACCAGCUGAUCUUUAUUACCAGUCUGAGUCAGUUAUUAAUGGACAGGAUCAUGUACCGUAUCUGGAGCGCAACGUUCCAGAAAAGCCCCUGGAAAACAUCCAGCAACAGAUUUGCAUAUCCAACAAACCUGCCACUUUGACCCAAAGUGAUUCAGCCCCGUCCUCGGUUAAUUACAUGGCUACACAGAAUGGAAAUCUACACCGCUCCCAGUCGUAUGGUGCAGAACCAAAGUCUAUGCCACCAGCUCCCGCCCGCACCACCAGUAGCAGGGAGGCCGUCCAGAGAGGUCUCAAUGUUUGGCAGCAGUUUGGUGUACCUGAGGAGCCAGUAACUGAGGGACUCACGUUUAGUCCACCUACUUCAGUAAUGCCAAGUCACCAAAGCCUCCCUCAGUUCCCUCAUCGCCAGAGCGCCUCCCAGCAAGAGAUUGAGCAAUCUAUUGAAACCCUUAAUCUCCUCAUGUUGGACCUGGAACCAGGCCGUUUGCCGGUGCCUAAGUCUCAAAGUGCUCCACUGAGAGAAAACAGUGUUGUAGUGACCACACAGCCGUCCUUCUCCCAAAGCCAAACCAGACCUUCCUAUCAGGCCGAUGCCGCUAUUCACACCCACUUGGCUGGCCCCAUGUCCAGCUUGGCCAGCCACACGUUACCUGCUCAGAUGUCACCUGGGAAGCCUAUUACACCAGACCUUGCACCUGCUCAAGGAUCUCUGAGUCACACAUCUGAAAUAGCUGGAGCCAGUCCUUCCUCACAAAUCUCCCCUCCUGUAUCUGGCCACUUCCAGCUCAAGCCCGUCAACACCUACCCACCAAACACAUUGUCUGCAUCUGCGGAGGUCUCUGAGCCCCAAAGAUGCCCUAGUGCUGCCUCAGCAUCACCCCAGCCAAGAGACAGUGAGCCUGAUGAAGUCUUCAACGUUGAAGGUCUGGUUGCGCAAAGAGUGGCUGGUGUCCAGGCCCGUACAAUAUCCUUGGAUGAGCCUGCAACUCUGCCCCGCCGUCGCAUCACCAGUGAUGGCCAGUACCAGAACGGUCCUGAUGAUGGUUCCUCUCCUGAUGGCCCAGUUCGCUCCCCCAUUCGCUGUGUUUCUCCUGAGUUUGUCAAUGCCAUAGCGUUGAACCCUGGAGGACGACCCAAGGAGAGACACAUGCACAGCUACAGGGAAGCCUUCGAGGAGAUGGAUAGUGGGCCUGCCAUCAGUCCCACACCCAUAGUUGGUGGUGAGGUGUUUCCCCAAACCCCUGCAUUCCCCAUCUCGCCGCAAACCCCUUACUUCAACCUGUGUCGGUCCCCUCCUGGUCUUGCCAAGACUCCACUGUCAGCCCUGGGUUUAAAACCCCACAACCCAGCAGAGAUCCUCCUUAAUCAAACUGGCACAGCACCAAGAAGCUAUGUGGAGUCUAUUGCGAGGUCGGCAGUGCCAGUUGGAGAGGCACCCACGUCAACUCAGAGUCUUAGCCCACCAGGAGAGACUACAGGCCAGCAGAGAAGUCCAAGUCCCUCCUCCCAUGCCCUGAACCCACCUUUGUCAAGCAGCAGCCCCAUCCUGAGCUCACAGGGUGAUCAACCCUUAGCAGAGAGCAGCGUUAGCACUCCGUCCCAACCCACUACUGAUUCAGGCUUCCGCUCCCAGGCUACAGAAAGUGCCUACCCGACUCCCACUCCUACCCCUUCAUAUCAAGCCUCGAAUACCCCCACUUCGUCCUACCUGGAUUCCAGUUCUCCAGCCUCUUCCUACGUUGGCACUGCUACACCUACACUGUCCUAUCUUGGCCCCAACACCCCAAACACCGUACUAGGGAGCUAUGUGGCCUCAGAUUCUGGCCUGCCCAGCUCAGAACUGUCCCAGACCACACUCAGCCGUGGUAGUCCCCAUGCACAGUACCCGAUGAACAUCCUUGGUUCCACUCACAAUCCCGUCCUUCAGCAGCGCCCUACUGCUUAUCAGGAUGUUGCCACCAUUGUCCAGCAUAUACCACCAGCUAAUGGCUAUGAGGUGGGUAUGCCAGGUCUCACCGGCGGUCUCACCGGCAGUCCCAUCCUCGGUCAUCGUCUGUCUCAGGGAGCUCAGAGUAGCCCAGUCCUCAGCAGACAGACCUCUUUGGGACAAGGGUCUCAGCGAAGCCCGGUCCUCAGCAGACAGCCGUCCCUGGGCCAGCCAUUGCAGAGCAGCCCCCAGCUCAACAGACAGCCACCCAUCACAUAUCCCCAAGGGAGUCCAGUGUUGGGCCGCCACCCAUCGGUUUCGCAGGUGUCCCAGAGAAGUCCCAGUUUGGACCGGCACCCGAUGCACAGCGGUUACACCACUCCGGAUGAGAGGCACGGGAACCUGUCCCGACAAAGCAGCUCCUCGGGUUACCAGGGACCACCAACACCUUCCUUUCCCAUCUCGCCUGCAGGGUACCAGGAUGGGGGGACGAUGGGAAUGGGUGGUGGAUUCCGGCAGGGUAGUCCAGCCCCUGGAUUUCAGCCACAGCUUCCAGAGAAGAGGCGUAUGUCAAGUGGCGAUAGACCAAACGGAGCACUGUCGUAUGGCUCGCUCAAUGGGAAGACUAUUUCCCCAGUGAGUGGAGGAAGCAAUCCAGGCUACUUCCAUACCCUCUCCGACUUCUCCAGGUUCAACAUGACCGAUGGAAGUCCGGAGAGCAGGCUGAAUGUCAAGUUUGUCCAAGACACGUCCAAAUUCUGGUACAAACCAGACAUUUCCAGGGAGCAAGCUAUUGGCCUGCUGAGAGACAGGGAGCCUGGAGCCUUUGUAAUUCGGGACAGUCACUCGUUCAGGGGGGCUUACGGCUUGGCUAUGAAGGUGGCCUCUCCCCCGCCAUCAGUGCAUCAGAGCAAGAAAGGUGACAUCACCAAUGAGCUGGUGAGACACUUCUUGAUUGAGAGCAGCCCUAAAGGAGUGAAGCUGAAGGGUUGUCCCAACGAGCCUUACUUCGGCUGUCUCUCUGCUUUGGUCUACCAACAUGCGAUCACACCACUGGCCCUGCCCUGUAAACUACUCAUCCCUACCACAGAUCUUAUUGAGGAGGUGCCAGAGGUGGCGACAACAAAUCCACUGUCUGAACGACUGAAACAAGGAGCAGCAUGCAACGUGCUCUACAUCAACUCAGUGGAGAUGGAGUCCCUGACGGGCCCUCAGGCUAUUGCCAAGGCCAUAUCUGAGACACUGGCUGCCACUUCUCCACCUACUGCCACCGUUGUGCACUUCAAGGUGUCUUCACAAGGCAUCACACUGACUGACAACCAGAGGAAGCUUUUCUUCCGGCGCCACUACCCUUGCAACACCGUCACGUUCUGCGAUAUUGACCCUCAGGACAGAAAAUGGAACAAGCCUGAGGGAGGCACAGCUAAGUUGUUUGGGUUUGUGGCACGCAAGCAGGGAAGCACAACCGACAACAUCAGCCACCUCUUCGCUGAGAUGGACGCUGACCAACCCGCCAGCGCCAUCGUCAACUUCGUCUUGAGGAUGAUUUCCUCGCAGAAACGAUGAGAGCUGUCGGCAAAAAACCCUGGCGCUUUUUUAAAUGCCUUUGGUUAUUUUCUUUACUUUAAACCACAGACACUUCCUUUCUGCUUUGGACAAUUUAGCAUUUGGUUUUUAUGCCUCACCUUAUUUUUCCUGCUCUUUUACCUUCAAGCAAGCGUGUGUUUGUGUGAGAGUGUGUGUGUGUGUAAGCAAAUGAAAGAUGACAAGACAGAGCGAGAGUGUGGUGUGCGUGUGUGUGUG